AUGGACGUCUCUGUGGGCUUGCUAGUGGUUUUGGUUAAAGUGAUACAAGGCUUCCAAAUUCAGAUUCCUUCCUCUGGUCCUCUGGGUGCCCAGCUGGGAGGUUCUGUUCUGCUGCCCUGUUCUGUGGAAACCCCCUUACCUCUGGAGGAGCUGGAGGUGGAAUGGAGAAGAACAGACUCAGAUGUGCUGGUGCACCUGUUCCAGGAGGGAGAAGAGAGGCCAGAAUCACAGGACUAUGCCUACAGGGGGAGAGCCCACUUCUUCACAGUGGACAUUUCACAAGGAAACUACUCCUUACUUCUGAGCAAUGUGUCACGAGAGGAUGUUGGAAUUUAUAGUUGCAAAGUUUACACUGAAGAUGAGGCACACCAAAUCACAAUUGACCUUGAAGGUGUUGAAUACUUGGUAGUGACUGGAACAGGUGCUGCUGCUGCUGCUGUGGGUGAGGAGGUUGUCCUGCACUGCUCUGUGGACUCCCACAUCCCACCUGAGAAACUGAAGGAGGUCACCUGGAAGAGGACAGACAAUGAGAUGUUAGUGCUUCUUUACCAGCACGGUGAGGUCCUCUCAGUCUCUUCAGAUGUACAGUAUCGAGGCAGAGCUGAGUUGUUCCCCACAGAAAUCCUCAAAGGCAACUUCUCACUGAGACUGAAGGAUGUCAGGACUGAAGACAAAGGGGAGUACAUGUGUCAAGCCUACAGUGGUCAUCUAUCAGCCAACACCACUGUUGUACUACAGGGACUGGGUAAGACACAGGACACAGAAAAAGUGUGUUAA